CUCAAAUGACCCCUGUCGUACCUGCAGUUUUGUGUCUGUGUGUGUUCACUCGCCCUCUGCAGAUAAAUAGAGGAAAAUCUCUCUCCAGUAAUCACACCCCUCCUCAACAACACUCCACUACUCGUGUGCUGCCAUAAAGGAAAGCUUCAUUAAAGAUGAAAUUCGUCCUGAUUGCUGCCUGCAUCCUGGGGAUGGCUGUCUGUGCCCCUCCCCAGAUGUACAUGGAGUUUGACAUCGAACACGCUCCAGCUGAGGCAGUUCAAGCUAUUCCUGCUGGAGUCCCAGCUGGAACUCUGGAAGUGCUGCUCCCAGUUGAUGCCCAGAAACGGCCUCUUGCAGGACCUGUACGUGGCUUCAUCAAGCAGGAGAUCCCCCAUCCAAGUGGCGUAGGGACCAAGGAAGUGUACAUCCCCUUUGGUUUUGAUCCAGCUCUUGCUGCCCCUGCUGCUCCAGUUGCUCCCGUUGUCCUUGCUGCUCCUGUGGAUACCAUUGUCCCUGUUGCCCCUGUGGAUACCAUUGUCCCUGUUGGUCCUGUAGAUACCAUUAUUCCUGUAGCUCCUGCAGUGCCUGCAGCUCCUGCUGCUCCUGCUGCCAGACCCCUGGGAGAUGAUGAUGACGACGAUGACUAAAUCAAUCAGUUCAAGCAGAAUGUGUACAAAAUUGUGCAUAAAAGUUGGCCAUUGCAAUAAGACCAGCAGCCUACCUUGCAGAAAGACCCACAGUGCUGUUUCCUAAAGUAUGACAAAUAUGGUGUUUUUAUGGAUUUGAAAAGAAGAAACUGCUAAGCAUUUUUAGAGGUAGAAUUUCUGUUCUGCAGAUUGUGCUUUGCUUUUAAAUAAGAAAAAGUGGAAA